UGUUCUUUUUACGACAAUCAAUGGCAUCAUUUGCCCAGACAACAGCGUAUACGAAACCUGAGAAUAUCUCCACACGUAGUUCAUUUUUAGAUUUCUGACACGCUGCAUGGCGAUGUCAAGUGAUGGCACCGAUGCCAACAGGACUGUUUUUGUGGGAAAUUUAGACCCUCUCGUAAAGGAGGAGAUUCUAUAUGAGCUGUUUUUGCAGGCGGGGCCGGUGAGGAGGGUGACCAUGGCCCGAGACCGUGAAGGCCGUCGGAGGCCAUUUGGGUUUGUGCUGUACAAACACGCGGAGGCUGUGCCUUAUGCCAUCGCCCUCUUGAACGGGAUCUGUCUGUACGGGCGGCCCCUGAAACUGGGCUUCAGCACCGGAAGCAGCCAGGACACUUGGGGGAGCUUUGGAUCUCCAGGCACUGAGGAUAGAGGACCCAACGCAGUCAGGAGAGGAGUGUGUCCCCAGGAUUCUCCCAUCUUUAACUUCAGUGGCUUUAUUCCCCAUGGGGACUGCAGACCUCAAGACCAGAUCAGUUGGAGGAGCAAUGUCUGCAACUGGCCUCCCUGUCAAUUGCCCCCUCUCACCCCUCUGCCCCACCAAGUUGCCCCUCACCCCUUCCCUGGUUUCUUCAACUCCACCCCUCUCCAGCCCUGGCCGGGGCCUGUGGGGGGCUUUUGGACCCCCCCCCUGACCCCGCUCCCCCCGCCAGCACCCCCUCCUCCACAGGAGAGGGAGAGAGAGGAGCCCCCGCCCCCGCCACCCCCAAAAGAGAGAGAGAUGGAAAGAGAGAGGGAUAGAGAGAAGCUCCCCGUGCCUCCAAAAGAACAAGCAACGGAACAAGAGAAGGAGAGGGAGAAGGAGAUGAAACGACACAAACACAAGAGGAUGAGGAAUAGAAAGCACCGGCAUCAAAGCAGACAUAAGACAUGAGUCUCGCACACACUCACGCACACAUAUAUACAUACAUACAUAUGUGCGGCACACACACGCACACACACACACACUCAUGUGCAUAGAUACAUAUCCAUAUCCAACCAUGUGCACACACACACACACACACACACACACACACUCAUGUGUAUAGAUACAUAUCCAUAUCCAACCACGUGCACACACACAGACACACAUGUUGGACCCUUAGUUCCUGGUGUGUCCAUCCUGCUGAGUGUCUUAUGCCUAACCUGCAGGCAGCUGGUGGCUAUCCUGCGUCAUCGGACAGCCUUCCGCUCGGUGAUCCUGCACUUUAUCUACAAAUAGACAGAGGGCUGUUCGAGAGCAAAAGAGAGAAUAUGAUAUUAUUUAAAUGUUAUCUUAUUGUCUGACUGACGUCUUUUGUUUUGAAUAUGUCUUAAACACCCUUCUGGAGAGGGUUAGAAACAGUGUUUAUAUUUAGCGUUAUUUGCAAGCAGACUCAAAGACAAUGUCACAAACAGUCAUCUUCUAGAACCUCUAGAACCUCUAGAACUCGAGGGACUGUUUACUAAUGCAGUCUGCUCUCUGGAAGUCCAUUGAAUUCAGCCUUUUGUGCUUAAACCUUCCAUUCUUUAUCUUUGGGUUGAAACUGCACUUUGUAAUAUUGUUCAUAUGACAUAUUUAUACUAUAUAUUCUACUGUUUGAUGUCUGUUGUUUAUUUGAUUUGUAUUUAACUUUUAUGUUGUUUACAGCCCAAUCUGAUUGCACAUUGCCUUAAAAUAAAUGCACCUACAGAACCAACUAAUUUUGUCCUGUCUGCCUCACCAGUUCUGUCUGUCUCACCAGUCCAAGUGUAAGUCAGUGAGGGGACAUGUAUGUUGUUCUCAUACUGUAAGAGGAGGCCUCUAAUG